AUGACAAUAGCCCAUUUAAUUCUUGUUCUUGUGGCUUUAUCAUCAUCAUCAUCACCAUCAACUGCCGCUAGUUUCGAACGAUUUGAGCUCAAACUUUACUCAACUUUUGGUCAAAAUAAGAAAAAUGAAAAUGUAUUUGUUUCACCAGUAAGUAUAUCUCUUGCAAUGUCAAUGUGUGCAGUUGGUGCUCGACAAGAAACAUUAAAUCAAAUGUUAAAAUCAUUUGAAGUAUCAUCAAGCGAACAAUUAAUAAAAACAGCUGAACAAAUUAUGAAUGUCUUUUCUAUUGUAAAUCAAGAUAAACAAGUUCAACUUAAAUUAGCUAAUCGUCUUUAUGCACAAAAAGCAUAUCAACUUCAACAAGAAUAUUUAAUUCAUGCAUGGGUUGAACAACAAACAAACAAUUCAAUUCAUGAUUUACUGAAAACAAGCGAUAUUACACCUGAAACAAGAUUAAUAAUUCUUAAUAGUAUUUAUUUUAAGGGUGCAUGGAUGAAACAAUUUCGAAACAAUUUAACUGAUGAAAAUGCUGAUUUACAUAUAGAAAUUAUUGAUUUACCAUAUAGAAGUGAAAAUAAAGAUGUUAAAUUUGUUUUUACUGUAAUUUUACCUAAUCAAGGAGUUCAAUUAGAUGCUAUUGAACAAAAAUUAGCAUCACAACCUAAUUUGAUGAAAAAAUUAUUAAAUCGUCAAAAUAUAAGAACAGAAUUACUUCAUUUAUAUUUACCAAAAUUUAAAAUGGAAUCAACAUUUCAAUUAAAUGAUAUUCUUCAACAAGUUGGAAUAAAAGAUGAAUUUAUUGAUUAUAAAGCAAAUUUUUCCGAUAUCGCUAGUGAAGAACAUAAUAGAGAUCAUUUAUACAUUAGCAAGGUAAAUAAUUCAUUUAUGAUAAGAAAAUGUUAA